UAGCUUUCUUAAAUGAUGAUUAAUAUCUUAUAUCUCUUUUUUCAACUUGAACCUGUUGUGCUUGCAGGUAUAGGUCAACAGGGGAAAACAGAAGAUGGCUUUGACCUCAUGUUUGGUGUCAAUCACUUUGGCCCCUUCCUUCUCACCAACCUCCUCCUGGAUCUGCUCAAGCGAUCUGCGCCGAGUCGCAUCAUCAACUUGACCUCCCUGGCCCACAGGUUCUCGCCGGAGUUUGACUUUGCGGAAGCAGACGAAACUGGUGCGGUACGCUACCCUAAGCUGGCCAGCUACCCAAUCAGUAAGAUGGCGGUCAACCUGUUCACGCACGAGCUCAGCCGGCGGUUGGCGGACACCCAGGUGACGGUGUGCUCUAUCCAUCCGGGUAUAGUCUACACGGGGGCCAUCGAUGGUCUGUUACGUAGAGGCUGCUUAAGGAAGCUACUCAUCCCAUUGUUCAGAUUGCUCAUGCGCACUCCCGACGCCGGAGCCCAAUGCGUGAUCCACUGCGCAAUCGACGAUUCGGUCAAGGAACACACGGGAGCCUACUUUGUCGAUUGUCAGCCUUGCAACGAGGCUGCCAUGGCAACAGAUGAGGCACUGGCAAAACAGCUGUGGGAAGUCAGUUGCCAAGCAACGGGGCUCUAGAAACAAAAAUCAGCUGAAAAAGUACACUUUCUGGGAUUUUAACGAGAUGAUGGUUAAAUCCGUUUUAGAAACAAAAAUCAGCUGAAAAAGUACACUCUCUGCGAUUUUAACGAGAUGAUGGUUAAAUCCGUUUUAGAAACAAAUAUUAGCUGAAAAAGUACACUUUCUGCGAUUUUAAGGAGAUGAUGAUUAAAUCCGUAUUGGCAAAUCAUUAGCAGGGUCUGUACUUGAAAACUUUUUUCUUAGGAAAAUUUACCGAGACCAUGGAAAAAGUAUCCGAGCUGGGCGUAAACUUUGUAUCUGUACAAACGACUGUCCUACAUUAUGUUCAUUGUGACACUGGAACAUUAUACGCUUAUAUCAGUGAAUAUGCCUUGUUAAUGUGUACACGAUACUACAAUGAUUUGUUUCGGAAAUGAACACAAAAAUCCAGUGCAGUUUGUGUAAAAUGAUUGAAACGCAAGCACAAGAAAUCAGGCAAGCACGUGCGUAAAGUGCCUUCGUAGCAUGACCUUCACGCCAUGCAGGGAUGUUAACAGCUUUCUCCGGGAGGAAAGUUUUCCAGUUCUGCGCUCGUCUUACCUGUAGAACCACUACGGGUACAUUAUUCCCUAGAGAGCUCUAGCCAUUCAUUAAGGUUUUCUCAUCAACAAGUCCAAAUCCCAGCCAAUUCCAUCUCAACGGUCCACUUAUCUCAGCACCGUCCUCGAUCUACAACGGGGCAUGACUUACCCGACGCAGGAGCGAAUCGCCAAUGUUUGUCAAUGUGCCAACAGCACCAACCCUGACAUGGUUGUGAUUUCGUGGCCUACUUGUGAGCUUUGAGGACUUACUUCCGCUGUGCCGCCUAUAUAUGCGACCCCUUCAAUUCUAUCUUCUGUCCCAUCCUGUUUCCCAUGUGGUACCGCAUAUCUGUUCACAGCAUAUCUGGUCGUAUCUCCGGUGGUGGAUCCAACCAGACAAUAUCCAUCGGGCCUUUUUUCCAGCCCUCCAGUCCACCUGAUCACGACAGAUGCGUCUCUGCUGGGUUGGGGCGCGGUGAUGGAAUCUUACCUGUUGAGCACAUAUAUAUAUUUUGCUUGAUUCUGUUGGAGUGAGAACUGCGCUGGACAUUCUAGUAAACUGAUUAUGCUUUACAUGGUCAUGUAUACCACCAUUUAAUCAGAGUCCAACAGUUAGGGGGUUGAGUUUACCAUAUGGUGUUGAAUUUUGCAAGUGUAAGGAAAGUUCCUAGUAUCAGUCAUUUAAGAAGAUUAGGGGUUCAUGAAAUGGAAAAUCAUUGGCCCUAUGAUACACAAUGAACCAAUUCUGAAGAAAGUAAUGUUUUUUUAUAAUUUUUUAAUAGAACUGUAAAUUUCAACUUUUUAAGGCUAAAAAUAAAUGUGUAUAUUUUGUUUGACAUAAAUCCUUAAAUGUUCAUUAACUUCUCCAUAAUUAUUACUAACAUUGAGUGGUUUGUUGCUUUAAAGAACAUUUGUGAUGGAACAUUCGAUCCAUACCAAUACUGAGUUAUAUUUUGUAAAAUAGGUUAUGACAAAUGAGCAUUUAACAUGUUAAAGUAAAAUAAGCUACCAGUUCAAUGUUACAAAGGGCUUUAAAGUUUCUUAA